GAGAACUUUCUUUUCCGGCUUGGCUUUUUCCAGCCGCCCCGUGCAACAUGCGCAACGCCCGGGCGCUGAUCUUCAUGCUCACCUUCCAGAUCUGCUCGCUGGAAAGCGAAACGCCGACAGCUGGCUGUACCUUUGAGGAAGAUGGAGACCUAAACCAGUGUGAAUAUAGCCAAGGGGUAGAGGAUGACUUUGAAUGGGAGCUCAUCCACAGCUACGCCGUGCCCCAUCUGACCUCUGAUCUUCCUCACGGUUCCUACCUGAUGGUCAACUCCUCCCAGCACACUCCAGGGCAGAAAGCUCACAUUCUCUUCCAGACGCUAAGUGAGAAUGACACCCAUUGCCUCCAGUUCAGCUACUUCAUGUACAGCCGUGACGGACACAGCCCUGGGACCCUGAAUGUCUAUGUGAAGGUGAAUGGUGGUCCUUUGGGAAGUGUCGUGUGGAACGUCUCUGGCUCCCAUGGGCGACAGUGGCACCAAGUGGAACUGGCUGUCAGCAUGUUUUGGCCCAAUGAGUAUCAGGUUCUGUUUGAGGCUGUGAUCUCCACCGAACGUAGAGGCUACCUAGGAUUGGACGACAUUCUGCUCCUAAAUUAUCCCUGCUCCAAAGCUCCUCAUUUUUCCCGCCUGGGUGAUGUGGAAGUGAACGCGGGUCAGAAUGCCACCUUUCAGUGUGUGGCGGCUGGGAAGGCCUCUGAAGCAGAGAGGUUCCUCAUGCAGCGGCAGAAUGGAGCGAUCGUGCCAGCUGCCUCCGUGAAACACAUCAGCCACAGGAGGUUCUUGGCGACCUUCCAGUUGGAUAAAGUGUCCAAGGAGGAGCAGGACUUUUACCGCUGUGUUACCCAGUCCGGCAGGGGCUCCGGCGUCUCCAACUUUGCCGAGUUGAUUGUGAAAGAGCCCCCCACCCCCAUCGCUCCCCCACAGCUGCUAAGAGCUGGCUCCACCUACCUCAUUAUCCAGCUCAACACUAAUUCCAUCAUCGGGGACGGUCCCAUCGUAAGGAAGGAAAUCGAGUACCGCAUGACCUCAGGCCCCUGGUCGGAAGUGCAUGCGGUGAACAUGCAGACCUACAAGCUGUGGCACCUGGAUCCUGACACGGAGUACGAGAUCAGCGUCCUGCUCACCCGUCCAGGGGAUGGGGGAACUGGCAAACCCGGGCCGCCACUCAUCAGUAGGACUAAAUGUGCAGAGCCAAUGAGGGCCCCGAAAGGCCUUGCCUUCGCUGAGAUCCAGUCUCGGCAACUAACACUUCAGUGGGAGCCUCUGGGCUACAACCUGACGCGAUGUCACACGUACACCGUCACCCUCUGCUAUCGUUACGCUGUGGGCACGGGCCACAACCAGACCUUCCGGGAAUGUGUGAAGAUGGAGCGCAGUGUCAACCACUACACCAUCAAGAAUCUGCAGCCUUAUAAAAACAUCCAUGUCAAACUCAUCCUCUCCAACCCUGAAGGGCGGAAGGAAGGCAAAGAGAUGAUAUUUCAGACUGAUGAAGAUGUCCCCGGAGGCAUUGCUUCGGAUUCUCUAACAUUCACUCCCUUGGAGGACAUGAUUUUUCUGAAGUGGGAGGAGCCAGUGGAGCCUAAUGGCCUCAUCACGCAGUAUGAGAUCAGCUACCAGAGUAUUGAAUCCUCCGACCCCGCAGUCAACGUACCUGGUCCUCGGCGCACCGUCUCCAAGCUCCGAAAUGAAACCUACCAUGUCUUCUCCAACCUGCAUCCUGGAACCACCUAUCUUUUCUCAGUGCGGGCACGGACCGGCAAGGGCUUUGGCCAGACGGCACUGACGGAGAUCACCACCAACAUCUCAGCUCCUAGUUUUGAUUAUGGAGACAUGCCUUCUCCCCUGGGAGAGUCGGAGAGCACCAUCACAGUUUUGCUGAGGCCAGCACAGGGGAGAGGGGCACCUAUCAGCACAUACCAAGUCAUUGUGGAAGAAGAUAGGCCCAAGAAGAUCAAGCGGGAGCUCGGUGGCCAGGAAUGCUUUCCAGUGCCCCUUACCUUCGAUGAUGCCAUGUCCCGUGGUUCAGUUCACUACUUUGGAGCUGAACUGCCUCCCAGUAGCCUCACAGAAGCGAAGCCUUUCACUGUCGGAGACAAUCAAACUUAUAGCGGCUACUGGAAUCCACCCCUGGAGCCUAAGAAGGCAUAUCUCAUCUACUUCCAGGCCAUGAGCAAUCUCAAAGGGGAAACAAGACUGAACUGCAUCCGAAUUGCCCGGAAAGCUGCUUGCAAAGAGAGCAAACGUCCCCUGGAAGUGUCCCAACACUCGGAAGAGAUGGGCCUCAUCCUGGGCAUUUGCGCUGGAGGGCUGGUUGUGCUGAUCAUCCUGUUGGGGGCCAUCAUUGUUGUCAUUCGAAAAGGGAAACCUGUCAACAUGACCAAAGCUACCAUCAACUACCGCAAUGAGAAGACACACAUGAUGAGCGCUAUCGAUCGGAGCUUUACUGACCAGAGCACCUUGCAGGAAGAUGAAAGGCUGGGCUUGUCCUUUAUGGAUACACACAACUACACCAACAGAGCAGAUCAGCGUAGCAAUGUAGUCAAUGAAUCGAGCAGCUUGUUAGGGGGCUCACCUCGACGACAGUGUGGGCGCAAAGGCUCCCCCUAUCACACCGGGCAACUCCACCCUGCAGUCCGAGUAGCCGAUCUCCUUCAGCAUAUCAACCAGAUGAAGACCGCAGAAGGCUACGGAUUCAAGCAGGAGUACGAGAGUUUCUUUGAAGGCUGGGAUGCUUCAAAGAAGAAAGACAAGACCAAAGGGAGACAGGAUCACAUGCCAACCUAUGAUCGGCAUCGAGUUAAGCUCCAUCCCCUUCUUGGUGAUCCCAACUCAGACUAUAUCAAUGCCAACUACAUUGAUGGCUACCACAGAUCCAACCACUUCAUAGCCACCCAAGGCCCCAAACAGGAGAUGAUCUAUGAUUUCUGGCGGAUGGUGUGGCAGGAACACUGUUCCAGUAUAGUGAUGAUAACGAAACUGGUGGAGGUGGGAAGGGUUAAGUGUUCCAAGUAUUGGCCUGAUGACUCCGAGAUGUACGGAGACAUUAAAAUUACCCAGGUGAAAUCAGAGACGCUGGCAGAAUAUGUCGUGAGAACAUUCACUCUGGAAAGGAGAGGCUAUUCAGCAAGGCACGAGGUAAAGCAGUUCCACUUCACGUCAUGGCCAGAACACGGAGUGCCUUACCAUGCCACUGGGCUCCUGGCAUUCAUUCGCAGAGUGAAGGCGUCAACGCCUCCCGAUGCAGGACCCAUCGUUAUCCAUUGCAGUGCUGGCACCGGGAGGACCGGCUGUUACAUCGUCCUGGACGUGAUGCUGGAUAUGGCCGAGUGCGAGGGAGUCGUGGACAUUUACAACUGUGUGAAGACUCUGUGCUCGCGGAGAAUCAACAUGAUCCAGACAGAGGAGCAGUAUGUCUUCAUUCACGAUGCCAUCUUGGAAGCUUGCCUCUGUGGGGAGACCAGCAUCCCCGUUAGUGAGUUUAAGCCUACAUACAAAGAGAUGGUUAGGAUAGAUCCACAGAGCAACACGUCACAGUUGCGGGAGGAGUUCCAGCAGACUCUGAAUUCUGUAACACCCCACCUGGACGUGGAGGAGUGCAGCAUCGCUCUUCUGCCGCGCAAUCGGGAGAAGAAUCGCAGCAUGGACGUCCUGCCUCCUGACCGGUGCCUCCCCUUCCUCAUCUCCAUGGACGGAGACAGCAACAACUACAUCAACGCGGCCUUAACUGACAGCUACACAAAGAGUGCUGCCUUCAUUGUGACUUUGCACCCGCUGCAGAACACCAUCGCUGACUUCUGGAGGCUGGUCUAUGACUACGGCUGCACCUCCAUUAUCAUGCUGAACCAGCUCAAUCAGUCCAACUCUGCCUGGCCUUGUUUGCAGUAUUGGCCAGAGCCAGGACUCCAGCAGUACGGACCGAUGGAAGUCGAAUAUGUUUCCAGAUCCACAGAUGAAGAUGUUGUGGCUCGCCUUUUCCGAGUCCAGAAUAUAACACGGUUACAGGAAGGUCACCUAAUGGUGCAGCACUUUCAGUACCUGAGAUGGUCAGCCUACAGAGACACCCCCGAUUCAAAGAAGUCAUUCCUGCACUUAUUGGCCCAGGUGGAAAAGUGGCAGGGGGAGAGCGGUGAUGGGAGGACAAUUGUACAUUGUUUGAACGGGGGCGGACGGAGUGGCACAUUCUGCGCCUGCACUAUGAUCUUGGAGAUGAUCAAGCGCCACAAACUAGUGGACGUUUUCUUUGCAGCUAAAACCCUCCGUAACUACAAACCAAAUAUGGUUGAGACCUUUGAACAGUACCACUUCUGCUACGACUUAGCCCUGGAAUACCUGGAAUCGCUGGAGACCAGAUAGCACAAUGCCCAGUGCCCACAAGCAAAAGUUUGUUUUGGGUUUGUGCCGAGCACGCAUUUUGCACCCAGACUAUGAGAAGAACAAAAUGGAGAAGGGAAAAAAAGAAACUCACGAAAGUUACGGGAUCACGAUGUCUAUCCCUUACCUUCAUCUGUCCCCCUUUUCUCCCACUCCUGCUCCUUUUCCAGGGGCAGAGCAGAGCAGAGGCUGCCCAAAAUCACCCCAGGUGUAUAUGCCAGCCAGGAGUUUGGCACACAGGCAUUUCUUCUUUGUAUGUGUUUGGACACUGGUGUGCCUCGGGCGAAUCUCUUUGCGCUCCUGCCUGGUCAAAGCCUGGAAUGGACUGAUGCCACAGACAGCUAGAGGAGAAGCAAAAGCCCAGCAUCUUUCAAAAGGGCUGCAUGAAAGUCACUGCAGCAGUGGGACCUUGUUGCUGGUAUCAUAAAGCUCUGGCAGGGCACGACAGAUGGCCUUGAUCAUCUUUAGGAAAUGGCCAAAGGUGCUAAAGGGAUCUGUACAGUUUUCAUACACUGUUAUAACCAUUACCUUUCUUGGCCCUGGACUGAUGCCUACCUCCAGAGAGGUUCUGAAUUUAUAUUUGCCUGUGUCUUGGCAGUAGUCCUGCCUGGAGGAAAAUUCAGGCAGGGAGUUAAUUUCUGGUGGUAUCUAUCAGGGAGAGAAACCAAUCAGCUGCUCACUCAAGAGGCUAAGCUAUCCAGACCAGAUUUCCAAACCACCAUCUUUGUGCCUGCGUUUUCCAGUUCAGAUAGCUGAAGUUUUUUGUUGGGUUGGGGCACUUUGUGUUCAGAGGUCAGGUCCUUCUGAAGUAUUUUCAAGUCUUGAAGCAUGCCCCUCCCAUGUCUCACUGCUUUUCAAAUUGGUUUAAGCAGAAAAUCUUUCCCCCAUCUAUUUAUAAGAGUGUCGGAGGUAAGUAAAAACGAGUCUUCUUUGGGAAGGCCAAUGUAGAUAACAUUCUUUUAAAAUGCAAGGAAAGGUCCUGGGAAGCUGGCUGGCCAUAGCUCGGGGAUGGAAAUGGGACCUGUGGCCGAUUUUAGCACUUCAGAGUUCUUGUUUGAAGAUCAGUUUUGAUCAAACAGAGCUUCCCCUUCCCCAAGUCAGACUUAGUUAUGGAGAAUUGUCAACAUCAAGGGAAGAGAGUUGGUUGAGUGGCACGUCUCCUGUACCCUUAAGAGCACUUGACAGCUGGGGAUCGGGACCCCAGAUCCUCAGGGAUGCUGUACGUGCAGUUCUUUCCUUUGUCGCUCUGCUCCAUCUGUUGAACAAUCUGGUUUGCUCAGUCACUGCCUCCUCUUUGCCGUCAGACUUGUAAAGAUCAUUAGCAGAGGAGGCUGCCAUAGCAUUGGGGCACAGGCUGUUUUUUGCAUGGGAGAAUAUGGUUUUUGUGUCCACUUACCAACAAACUGGGGAAACUCUAUGGUAGGUAGCAGAGUAACACAUGGCAGGACUGGUUUCUCUUAGGAGGAGACACUUAAUUCUCCCAGUUGGUGUUUGCAUGGUGCUUCUUGCCACAUGGGCAAGCAAAGCAUAGUCAGGCAAUAACUAAGUUAUUGUAGCACAUGUCUGAAAAGCCCUAAGAUGUAUUUGAAAGCGUGGCAGUGGCCAUCUCCCAGACCAAAACCAGUAGACACUGCCAUGGCCAAACCAGAGAGGACCCAGUGGGGCAAAUGGCAGAUCUGGACAGGAGAGGUAAAAUAUGUGAGGGAAGGGAGGGGACUCAAGUUGGGGCUGUUCAUUCCAAAGGAAAAAUGCGCUGCAGAUCUGAUCCGGGAUUUCUGGUGUCUUUUGCAGCUUGGCCAUUAGUUGCCCCUGAAGGACAGCAGCUGCCUCCAGAGUUUUUCCCGUAAAGCCAGAAAGCCCUUAUCAGACAAGGUGUUGAUUGAAGUAGCAAAGAUAAGAGCAAAGUGUUACGAAGUAUCAAUCCCUGGCGACCUCUUACAUUUAAACUCCUGUUUGUUUGUUUGUUUGUUUAAACCUUUCCAACCAAUGGGAUCUCCAGGGAAAUUUAGGCCUUCUCUUUCUGCAGUGCUCAAAGGCAGACAGGUCCUCAAUGGCUUUUGCAAAGAAUAAGAACCAAAUUGUUCCAUCUAGCUAAGAGGCAAUCCUGCACUUGUGAAGGCUGCAGGCAUUAGGAUAGGAGAAUAUGGGGUGAGGUGGGGUGAGAAAAAUGGUGGGACCAAUGUGAUGAAAUUAAGAGCAGUUCCGCACAUUGCUUUUUUCUAAGGUGGAGAUUAAUGCUGUAUUUCUGAAUGGCAUUGUUUGGCUCCCUUGCACAAAGAGCAAAGACAUACUUGUUCAGGGAUUUAUAACUAAACCAUUAAGAAGGCUACAUCUGAGCUUGAGAUGGGGCCUUGGACAUCUCUUCCGGCCCUUAUGGCUACAGAGGCAUGCUUGACAGUGCAAUGACCAUUAAGUAUCAGAUACCAAAGGGGCAGGAUGAAUAAGAUUUCCGAGGCAAGGCUUCAGCAUCCAGCGUGGCUCCCUGUACCUCCUUAUGACUAGCAGAGUAAAUUAUGCAAAACAGGAGAGAUUAUGCAAAUGUGUUUCAUUUGCACGAUGGAUACCGAUUUCUGAAUUUCCCUUCUCUUGGGGCAUCAUUCUAAUUCAGAAUGCACACAACUUUCAGCAUUAAUCUUCAUGGUAGAAAUUAAGAUGUGAAGCAGUUCAAAUGCUAGGAGAGUUUUCCAGUGAGUAACAGGUAUGGCUCACCUCCCACCCCCUUCACACAUCUAGUAUACUAAAGAACUGGAAGCCAUAAGACUUUGGAGGAUGCUUGCAAAAAUCCAUCCAUUUCAUCACUGACAAACAUGCCCGGUACGUGGAAACAAAUUACCUUAAGUUGUGCAGGGAUCUGCUCCCUUGCUCCCAAGGAGAUCCCCCAUGCAGAAACAACUUCGGCAUACAGAUCUUGUCCUCUGGAUGAGAAGCAACGGGCAUAAAUUAGAUGCACACCCCAAGCUGCAUCUUAAAGCAGAUGACAUCUGCCCACCCACUGUGCACUCAGAGAUGCACAUUCUGGUUCUGACCCUUGUAGGGCCAAGCUACAAGUGACGAAUUACGCUUGCAUGACAAGUGAACAGACUCGUGUAUUCCUCCUUGUUCAAUUGCACUCCACUCCGGAGUGGAGUGGAGUGCAAGUGAACAGGGAGGAAUACAUGUGAGUCUGUUCACUUGCCAUGCAAGCGUAAUUCGUCACUUAUAGCUUGGCCCGUAGUCACACAUAAUGACUAGAAUUGAAUCAGGUAUCCAUUCUUGAGGUUAUUUAUAUUGAGGAGAUAGAGUUUUUUUAAAGCAUUCCUAGAAGUUCUGGUUUCUUCUAGCCUGGUUGAUGACGGUGAUGGUGGUUCAUUUUGGCAAAAGAAACUACUGGUUCUCUUGUGCUGAUGUGUUAGGAAAAAUUAAGAUGAUACAAUGAGAUUGGGGGGGGGACAUCUUUUGAUAUUUCUUGCCUUCCAUCUUACGCCUCUUUGAACCUUAGCUGGAAAGGGCAUACGCAGCCCAUCCUGCUCUAUCCCAUCCGCACCUGGAUGUGAUCUUGAUGCUUGGAAGCUUUAACUCUCUUUGUUGGACGCUGGUGAAAUAAUCGGCUGCUUUCAUUCAUCCCACUGGAGAUGCAAAUUUUGUAUGAAAAUGCUAAUGCCUUCAAUAAAGCCUGACAGUUCCUACAAAGAGCUAUCCUGCCAAGGAAUUUAUGCUCAGAUUUGACCUCUGGAAAGGCAGGAGUGAGUUAUAAAUCACUCAAAACACACCAUUGUGGGUUCAAUGAUUGUGGGACAGGGCUUUCUCUGUGUGGUGCUAAUUUUCAACAUGGGGGUGGGAAGAUAUACCCAGAGAUAAAGAUGCUCUUGCCCCAUUGAUUCCAGUGCUUUCAGGGUGGCUUUGUAUGUGACAUGUCACUUUUCCACACCUUUCAAAAUGGACAGACUGAGCAUGUAUUUUAUAACUGAGAAGCUGUAUUUAAAUACAACCCCAGAGUCCCUGGAUUGCAGACCCAAGGAGACGUGAUGUGGGAGAGUGGUUACUCCUAACUGUCUCUAGCAGGAUCCAGUACUUCUUUAAAGUUCUGUAAUAGGCAAGGCGAUUCUUCUGCCUCUUUGUUCAUCCAUCGAAGGGUUUCCUCCCAGGCUGCAUCAGCUAGAAUUCCUGGCCUUUUGCUAGUCUUAGGGUACCAGAUAAUUCGGCGGAGGUAAGCAAAGAUGGCAGCCACAUAACUGGCCAACACAGCUGAAGAAGCAGAAUCCUUCCCGUGCAGAAGUUCUUCAAGGAUCAACUGGCCGAGGAUAACAACCAUAUCCAGUGCAACCAGUACCACCACGUGCCUCCGAUUAUUGAUCCUGUUGAAUACCUCCCAGUCCAAACCUGGAUCAUAAGCAACUGUCAUAUAGCAUAAGCAAACACUGUCUUAACUCUCUUUUCCCCAAAUGAUAAAUCAGAGUCCUUCCAAGUCUGUAGUGAAAGUGAACAGGGAAGGUAUUGCAUGGCCAUAAAUGUUCGGGGGGGGGGGUCAGGGAGGGAUCGUACACAUUUAUCACAGAGAUCAGACCUCCAGAAAACAAAAUAGUAAAGAGUCCAGAAGCAGCUUUAAGACUAACCAACUUUAUUGUAGCAUAAGUUGAGAGCUGUGGUUCUCGAAAGCUUGUGCUACAAUAAAGUUGGUUAGUCUUAAACCUGCUACUGGACUCUUUACUAUUUUGCAACUACAGACUUAACACGCCUAACUUCUCUGGAUCUAUGACCAGAAAACAAAGGAUUCAAAAUGUGUGUUUCCAGUGGUGGGAAGAUUUCCACCCACAGUGUAACUUCCUCACCUUCCCCAUUCCUGCUGCAACUUGGAAUGCCCCCUCCCCAAAGAGAUGCUCUUUGGGGGCUCUUUGGAGGUAUAGUGGGAGUAGAGCGAGUGAGAAAAUCAUGCUCUCUGAGUGGAAAGUUUCUGCCACCAGAAACCUUCCCAUUGGAUCUAAGUUAUAAUCUACUACUGUCCUAGGUUAAGAUCAGUGCCCACAACGUAAGGCUGACUUAAAUUAUGAACUGCCCCUUCUUCUGACUGGCGCAUCUCUGUAAAUGUCAAUACUUCUGGAAAGGAUAGGGUGACUAAUCCACAAUUACACAGUGUUAUUGCAUUGGUUAUAUUUAUGAUUGCCAUAGCUACAAAGAAAAUGGAGCUAGAAGUAUCAUGGGUCAGCUGGAGGGAAGGGAGGGGUCAGUUGAUUUAUUGGCUGAUAGUCUAGUUUGAUUGCCUUGGGACUUGCACAAGAGAAGCUAAGGAUUUUGAAAGAUGCUGGGAUUAAUAAAAUUCUUACCUGGUUUUCAUUUGGGGAAAUUAACAUCAAAUGUCUGCAUUUCCUAUGAACCAGAUGUCUCUUCUCAUCUCUCAGACAAAUUGCAUUUCCUAAAGAGGGCCCACUCAGUACAUCUCCUAUGCCUUUUGGGGGGGGGGGGGACAAAUCAGUGGCUGCCAAAUCAUUCUAACUGGGUGGAAAAGGGAAAAUCUGCAGAGUUGUUUUUUUGCUGAUUUAUUCAGAAGCUCACAGGUAAACUGUCACCCAAAAGAUAUGCAAAAACCAUUUUUUAAAAAGAUACAAAAACACAAUGCUCUUUCAGCUUUGAGGGGGAAAAUGCAGAGGCCAGAUAUCAGUUAUUUUUGGAGAGCUCAGUCUUGCUAGAUGUUUAAUUUUUACUCUCUCUCUCUCUCUCUCUCUCUCUCUCAGAGCAAGGGCAAAUAUUUUAAAAAACAAAACCCAAGUGCUAUAAAAGGUAACUACUUUUCAGCUCCCUCAGAGAUAUUCAUCUGCCAUAAAACCAGAAAAGUCCUGUUUAUAGACAUAUGUAUAUAUAGGCCUAUGUGUAUAUAUGCUGUUAUUAAUAUGAAAAAUGUUUAUCAGUAUUACAAAUUCAGUGGUGCUUUUUUCCCUUUUUAAUAAAAGUCAGAUUAAAAACCAAUAAAA